UACAUACAUAAAACAAUCUGGCAACGCUGAGUCCAUGACAGAAUCGCCGUGUUUGUUUAUAAAACAGUGUUGACUUGUAUCUGCGAGGCGGUGUCGCGCACUAAAAGCAAAAUAGAGUAAGAAAGGACUCUAAAUAAUUACCGAAAACGUCAGGAAGUACCAAUAUAAAGGCGAGACUUAAGAAUCCCGACCAACAACUAAAAGGUGAGCACAGAUGACUUGACUCUUUGACACUUGCUGGAGUGUCGAUAGCUUUCUUGCGCCCGCCCCGCCCACCACUAGUCAUCCAGCACUGCCACAGUUGACACAGUGACUCCCCAGACUCCCACAUAAAUCUAUGAUACAUUGAUGGUUCAACAGUAGUGAGAAAAAAGAGGAUACAUGGCAGCCCUUUCACCUCCGUGUUCUCAGCCCCCAAAUGAUCCAGACUUGGAGCUGAAGGUUAAGAAAGCUCUGGAGCGAGUGAGUGAGAAUAUUCACAUAUCAGCCAAUGAACCAUCCCUAGCAGUAUACAGACUUCAAGAGCAUGUUCGCCGAGCUCUACCACCAACUGUCUCUCGGAGGCAGCAUGUCACCUCUCUCCAUUCUCAGCUACAAGGGGCAUGUUAUGAUGUAGAAUAUGCUCUCAGUGCUGUUCGUACCAUGAAUGAUGCAGAAGAAAAGUUCACCUCACUGCAGGAACUUCUGAAGAGUGCAAUAUUUCAUCGCCAGCAACUGAAGUAUGAGCAGACUCGCAGGAAGCAGCGAGAGCCAAGCAUGUACAAGCGUCUCUCUUCCCACAUCACAUCAAUUGACCUCCCAGAUUUACCUGACUUCCCAGAUGCCUUUAGGGAAACUGCCUCUCGUGUUGAAUCUGCUCUGCAACAUGCAAGGAGCUCUUAUGAGAGUCAUACACGCAAGGAAAAAGAUAAAGGAGGAAAAAAAACUGAAGAAGAAGAAGAGAAAAAUGUUGAAGAAGAAGAAGAAGAAGAAGAAGAAGAAGAGGAAGAGCUAGAUUUGUGUUAGCUGUGUCUUUUGUUGAAAUUAGGCUGAAUAUUGGAUGAUGAUGUGUCCUGUUAAAUGUGUAUCUAUUUUUUUUAUAUUGAAAUUAAUUAAUUUGCAAGUGACAAGAGGUAUAUAAGAAUAACUGCAUUUUUAUGAGACUUUUGUGUUGAUAAUAAUAAAGAAAUAAGCAGUUUAUUUUCAUUGUUAAAAUUUUCCCACUUAUUGGUCUUUUGAGUAAUUUUUACUUCCUGGGUCCCCAUCUGUCUCAAGAUUUGCAAAAUAAUAUGGCUGUAGGUAUAUGUGCUUAAAUGUUUAGUUGUACCCAAAUCACUGCUGUAUUUUAUGUCUGGUUAAUUAUCUAAUUUUUCUUAGUGUCAAUAUCCAUUCCUAGAAAUAUAGCUUUUGAGGAUGGCAGUUGUUCAUCACUAGUAAUUAGCUUUUUACGUGAAUGUGUUAAAUUUCUGUCAAAGAUACUGUGUAGAAUCUGCAUCUUUGAUAUCCAGUAGAAUAUGGGAAUCUUUCAAGUUCUGCAUAUGCCUUCUGGAAAGCUAGCGCUGAACUGUUGAAUAGGAAAACUUAUGUAAAUGUGAUUAAAUGUUAGAGCAUUUGUUUGUUCUAAUACCAGUGGCAAAGUUCCCCUCUGCUUUUCCAUGCUCUUCAGUUCCACAGUUUCAGUCACAGAAGAGAUACUGCACCACAAUGUGAAGUAAGAUACUUCAUGCCACACUUUGUUUCAUGGCAGAGGUAGCAUGACCAAAACAUUAAUGGACACAGUCAAAAACAUGCAACCAGGAUGUGUCAGCAAGUCACCUGAGUGAAAAGGCUUGCUGCUGAGAAGAGCUGCUGCAGGCUCAUUCAAGAUUUAAAAAAAAUGAUGGUCCCACGUUCAAGUGACAAAAUUACUCAUGUGAAAAGACUUCAAGCGAGCAAUUGCUGUGAUCAGUCAUGGGAACAGCUAUAUAGGUGUCUAACCACUAAGACGUGUGUAGAACGCUUGUGUGAAAGUUUGUGUGAAAACAAUGGAAAACUAUGGGUAGCCGCUUCAAACCCUGUGUCUCAGCAGUGUUGCAAGUUGCACAACCAAACUACCUGUGUGAAAGGGCCCUUAUGUAGUAUGUACCAGCCCUCCUGACUGCAAUCCUUCCAUUACAAAGGAUGACAUCAAAUCCAUUUUUACAUCUUUACUCUCUCUUAUCUGAAAUUCAUACUGGAAAUCCUCUAUAAUGUUUUCUGUGUGGACUUAUAAAGUUGUGGUAUACUUUAUUAUUAUUAUGCACCACAAUGACAUUGAAGAUUUUUCUCAGUAAGAAGGAAAGCCAUAAUAUCCAAUGCAGUAACAAAAAUUAAACUAGUUUCUUAAGCUCCACUAAAGUUACUUUCAAUUUAAGAUGUAUCUAAGAAGUUAGUAAAAGUUUGACACAAUUCUAAAAACUCCUUGAAGAUGAAACUGAAUGAGAUCCAGUGCAUCUCAUAGGGACAUCUGUAAUAAGAAUAUCAAGAGUUAAUUAGAAGCA